AUGAGCUCCAACUGCACUAACUUCAGCAUCAACGAGAUCAAUGAUGACCACAUGAUUCACAUUGCACCUAAUUACAAGAGUGCUAACCCCACAGCAACUGAAACUUCUGCUAAUGAAGAGGCCUUUUCUUUUUGGUUUGAGAACUCGGCCAAAAGACACUCAAACUGGAACAUGACCAGCACUCAUGUAUUCCAGGCCACCAGCACUGCCAGUCCCAAAGACGUUGUAACAGCUGUGUACCUGUCUGUGACCACCAAGGAUGACUGCAAGGCCAAAAUUACUAAAAAGAUCUUGCAAAAUGGUAAUGUUGUUGUAGACUACUUGUGGCAGCAUGUCACCCAUCAGCCUGAGAAAGUCCAGGACAUGGUCCGUUCAAGACUACCUGCUGAGGUAAAGCAGUGGAUUGUGUUCCAUGUGGACAAUAACAUGGAUUGGAAGGCCAUCAAGAUGCUCUUUCGCAUCGAUUCUAAAUGCUUGGAAGAGCUUGAAGCUGGUCUUGGCAUUUCCAGUUUCCCGAUGUCUCUGCAUAUCAAUUACCAUGAUGUGCAGAAUGUCAUCAAUGCUUGUUUGAACAAGCUUUCAAAAAAAAUGUCAUUGAUAAGGCAAGUUUCAAGCAAUGGAUCGAGUUCUUGA